CUUCUCUAAACACCUAUCACCUAAUACUUUUCCAGCAACAUACUACUUUUCUAGCAACAUCCUACUUUUCUAGCAACAUACUGCUAUAAGAACCUCAGCAUGAAGCUUUCAAUCUACAUGGUUUCUGCUGUAUUAGCCACUGUUGCAACAGCCAAAGAAUGCACAACCUCAAGUGGAGUAGGAGAGUGUGGAGCAGGUCACAUUUGCAUUGUUACCCUAAGUCGAAACAGUGAAGACUGCCCUGACAAGGGAGUCUGCAUGAGUCCAUCUGGAGUAGGAGAGUGUAGUGGAGCAGGUUCUAUUUGCCUUGUUACCCUACCUCUCACCAGUCGUGACUGCCCAUAAACACUGUCUGGUGACAAGGGCAGUUAUUAAAGGAGGCAAUAUAGGUAGCAGUUAACAGGCA